UUGUGAAGCUGAUUUUUGUAAUUUGUCUUUGAGGUGAAUCUCAGACUGGAGGUCUCACUGGAAGGACCAAUUUGUCUUGAACUUGUAAGCACAUCGAAAGAUUCUUCCCCUGCGAUCAGUCUGACGUGUUCCUCAACAAAUUGGAGGGGAUUGGAUUUGAAACUAACUCGAAGCUGUAUUUAAGAUGGGCGACUUUUUUGAAACAUUAACUUAAUGAGCUGAGCCAAUGUAUGUUUUAUAAAGUUAACCCCACAAUCUAUUGAAAUUUUUGCCACGUCCUAUAUCCAUGCAGUCUGGAUGGAGCGGCUGGCAUUUAAUUUCCUGUUUGUCCCGGACAUACAAGAUUUAUUUUACAAAAUUUAAACAGAAUCAGUAGAUCUUUUGAGUGACUUCCUUUGUGGGACGCAUUUGGUAGUGUUCAGAGUCGGAGCAGACUGGCUUUCCUUUGCUGAAAUGUUAGGCCUUUUGUUUCCAUUGUUGGGGCUGCCCAGAGUAAUGACCUAAGGAAACUCGUUCUCAAGACCAGCUUUGGUUUUCGUGGGGAAUCGCCCCCGUGAGCUGCAUUCUCUGUUUCAAAACUGGCAGUUACAACAGGCUACAUACAGCUCAGACGACCUUGGACAUGGAAUUCUGUGCGGUGAUUAAAACUCUGGAGACAGGAUUGGUUUAUGAUCUAAUCACUACAGCAAAGGGAUAAGAAAUACAAUGGGAUUUUCAAUUUAAAUGAUGUGAAGUUUUUCUGUGAUAAUUGCUAGCAGCUUUAACUGCUGAAACAUUUUUUUUAUUAACGCUUUCAUGUCUGGAACGUUCAAAUGUCGACAUUUUAUAUUGUGUAUGAGGAGUGGUGGUGGUGUAGAUAGUACUAUAAGUUAGUUUUAAAACUCAGAAAAUCUUUCUUCUUUGUAAUUGUUGUGCCUUUGUAAAUUUGAUCUGAGAUCACAAAUCCGAAAAUUUCAGAAAUUCGGAGAGACAGUUUUUUUUUGCCUGUUGUGCCAAUGUGUAAAACUUAAAGUGAUUUUGGGUUUAUGGGACUUCAUCUAAAUUGUAAUAGAAUGAAUGUGUCAAGAUCUCUGCAUGUUGAGGUACCAGUUUAUGAUUAUAUUUUAUGGAAAUAAGGAAUAUAUGUUAGAAUGUGUUGGGUUUUAGAACUACUUUAACUAUGCAAAAGUUUGUUCUAGCUCAAGUUUGAAAGUCUUAAUGAUGUUUUGGAAUGAAAAUACAGAGCUGAAAUUUCAUCCCAUUUGGCUUAUUUUGGCUUAAUGUUUGUAUAGUUCCCCUAACACACUUGCCAGCUGACACUUCUGGUAAACCAUACGGACUUGGCUCAAGGUAGAAUAACAGGACUGACUGUUACGGUACUGUUUACUAGUCAGGAAGAGCUGCUGAAGUUAUUGAAGAUGAGAGUGUUGUUAUGUAAUCCUAAACAUACUAGAUGGAUAUUUCCGAGUGAUGUAAUGUCACUGUGAUUUCCAUGUAGUGUGACACUGUAUCCCUGUGAUAUGACAAUGAAUGGGAACUGUAAAUGAGGCAGUUGUAUCUUCAUACCAAUGGAGCACACUUUUAAGAUCACAGGGUCUAUGAGGUCCAUAAUCUUGUUCAGCAUUUGAAAGACUUCAUGCAGCAUAAUGUCCAUUUUUAGGCCUCUGCAUUCAUUCCAUGUGUCAGAUUCAUCCAGCAUAUGGGGUGGGAGACAGUGGGGUACCAUCUGUACCAUCUCUCUGAAAUCCUGCAUGGUUUUGUUUCUAGUUUUCAAGUAUUUUAUCUAGUUGUUUCUUCUUCAAUAAGAGCAUACGAGCAGGAGGUAGAGUAGGCCAUUCGAUUCUUCAAGCCUUCACCACCAUUCAACAAUAAGACCAUAAGAAAUAAGAACAGAAGUGGGCCAAUUGGCCCCUUGAGCCUGCUCUGCGAUUCAAUAGGAUCGUGACUGAUCUGCUCUGGGCCUCAAAUCCUCCUCUUGUCACUAAUCGGUCUGUUUCUACGAAUUUUAGAGGCAGAAGAUAAAUCUCUUUGGUUCCUUUGGCAUUUGUGUAAACUUGUAGACUUGGUCUUUGACUUACCUGUCAGUAGGUCUGCUUUCUGCCUGAGUAUUUCAGGAAAGUUUUUGUAACCUGUGUUUUGGCCAUUAUUUGCGAUUGCUGAUGCCAGUCCUAUGUUUGGUUCUUAUUUGAUGUCCCUAAACUCAGUUCCUGCAAUUUAAUUUGAAGUUGUUUUUCAGCUUUACCUUUUUCCAUUUCAUUUACUCUUCUUUUUUUUAAGGCUUGUCUCUUAGACAAUUCCUUUCCCAACUAGUCUCACGAUGUUGGAGUAUCCAGCAAGGCCCUUCAAAAGGGUUUCGUGUGGUGUGCCCCCAUGGACUGACGACAACAUCAGGAAUGUGCAAGAAUUUUUUUUUCAGAACAGGACAGCGCUCGCCUAAUCCCAGCCACACACUCAGUUGGAGUUUGUCGCUCCAACAAAAGUCCAUGGGUCUGUCUAAUGUGUUCAAGUGUUCAUUGUGGAAGAUAUGUGAAUGGACAUGCCAAGAAACACUACGAAGAUGCCCAGAUUAAUUCCAACAACAUUAAAAAGUCAGAGAAGCAUGAAAAAGAGAAAUUGCAGCAUGCAGUGUGUAUGGAUUGCAGCAGUUACAGCACCUUCUGUUACAGAUGUGAUGAUUUUGUGGUGAAUGAUACCAAGAUGGGCCUGGUUCAGAGGGUCAGAGAGCAUCUACAGAACUUGGAGAAUUCAGCAUUUUCAGCAGACAGACACCGUAAAAGAAAGUUGAUGGAAAGUUCAUCUGUGAACAACAAGUAUUUGAAGAUCAAUGGAGGGACCACUGCCAUUUGCGCCACAGGACUGCGGAAUCUUGGGAACACCUGUUUUAUGAAUGCCAUCCUCCAGUCACUCAGCAACAUCCAGCAGUUCUGCUGUUAUUUCAAGGAGCUUCCAGCAGUAGAGCUCCGCAGUGGUAAAACUGCAGGGAGAAGGACCUAUCACACUAGGAGCCAAGGAGAUAACAGUGUCUCCCUGGUAGAAGAGUUCCGGAAAACUCUUUGUGCCUUGUGGCAAGGAAGCCAAACUGCAUUCUGUCCUGAAUCUCUAUUCUAUGUAAUUUGGAAAAUUAUGCCAAAUUUCAGAGGAUAUCAGCAACAAGACGCUCAUGAGUUUAUGCGAUACUUGUUAGACCAUCUCCACUUAGAACUUCAGAGAAGCUACAAUGGUAUGACAACUUCAUUUAUCUCACCAGACAGCUCAAGCAUCUCCUCAUCCAGUAAAUGCUGCAUAAAUGGUGUUUCAACAAUUGUCACAAACAUAUUUGGAGGAAUACUUCAGAAUGAAGUAAACUGUCUAAUUUGUGGGACUGAAUCCAGAAAGUUUGAUCCAUUCCUUGAUCUUUCAUUAGAUAUCCCAAGUCAGUUCAGAAACAAACGAUCCAAGAACCAGGACAAUGGACCAGUAUGUACUUUACGUGAUUGCCUACGCAGUUUCACAGAUUUGGAGGAGCUGGACGAAACCGAGCUGUACAUGUGCCACAAAUGUAAAAAGCGACAGAAAUCCACCAAAAAAUUUUGGAUUCAGCAGUUGCCAAAGGUGUUAUGCUUGCAUCUAAAAAGGUUUCAUUGGACAGCUUAUCUGCGAAAUAAGAUAGAUACAUAUGUAGAGUUCCCUCUACGAGGUCUAGACAUGAAGUGCUUCUUGUUGGAGCCUGAGAACAGUCGUCCAGAAAGUUGCCUGUAUGACCUUGCAGCUGUGGUGGUGCAUCAUGGUUCAGGAGUUGGCUCGGGUCAUUACACUGCAUAUGCAGCUCAUGAAGGGCGUUGGUUCCACUUCAAUGACAGUACUGUUACUUUGACUGAGGAGGAAACUGUAAUGAAGGCCAAGGCCUACAUCUUGUUCUAUGUGGAACGCCAGACCAAAUCGGGAUCAGGCACCAAACUUUAAUGCGUCCCACCUUUUUAUAAAUAUUUGCAACAUAUAUACUGAAUUGGAGCGCACACAAACAGUUCCACAUUUCCAUAAGUACUUGAUAGCUCAAGACUAUUUUCAUCUUGCACUUUUAAAUCGCUGAUGAGAAUUCUGUUUAUUGCACCAUUGCUAGUGUCAAUACAGUAAUCGAGGAGACCUGAUCUAAUUUAAGCCUAUCACAAAACCUCAACAGAAUAUUUUUGAAUCUGUAAUGGCUGCUGUUGAUCAAGAAUUUAGUAGUUCGGUUGACAUUGAAAUUCAAUAUUUUAAAAUGAUCUCUGUACUAUAAAUUGUGGGAUAGCAUUGACUGGCUUCAAGGUGCAUUUACAUUAGUGUUUCUUCAGACUUUUCACACAUCUUAGUUUGUGAUUUCUAAUUUGACACAAGGUUCAGAAGUCCUCAUUGUUUCAGCAGUAGUUCUGCCUGAAGUGUACCAAUUGAUAAAACAUUUCAGUUUAGAGUAAGUGCUCAAGGUCAAUAAAGUACUGACGUAAGUGUUUGAAAUGAUUAUAUGCAUUAGAGAAUGGUUGAGGAUCUUUGAACAGACUGUUGCCCUCCCCUUCUCUCUGAUAAACAGUACAUUACUGUCUAUAUUCAGAACUUGAUGCCAGUAUGAAGUUCAGUAUUAUAAGGUACAUGGAGUGUAACUACACCUUGACCCUACAUUGCUAUACCUUCCUGUAACAGCCCAAUAUUUUUAAAAAUAGAAAUAGACCAUUCUCUGUCUGUAAUUUGUUGGGAUUUCUCUUGUUGCCAUUUUUCUCGUGACCACUUGUAAACACUGGUUACUGGGAACAAAAGCGUUCUCCUGAGUUUCAUCCAUGCUACAGAGUUUGUGAUUUUUACAUUUUCAUUUAGGUAUUCCAAGUCUUUUUUCUCAAUUCUCAUUUUCUUGAGAUGUCACUCGGCACUUGAUUCUUUCAGAAAGCGUAAACAAUUAAAAAUAAAUGAUGGUGCAAAAAAUAAAAUGAACUGCUGAGUAAAAAAUGGACUUCUCAUCAAUCCCAAUACUUUGCUGGGCAGAGUAGGGUUUAUAUAUAUAGCUAUCUGCAUCAUAUGUUGCCAAUGUGUGGCUACAAUUGGAUGUAGGAUGACAAGUAUGGUUUAUGAUUUACAACAUCACCUGAUUACGAAAGACAAAUUAGACAUGCUGGGUUACAUUUGGGGAACCAGACACUGGGUGCAUCUUGGACAAAAUUGUUUCCAACCAUUGCCGUGUACAACAUGAAAUAGUAGAUUACAGCUAUUGGAAGAGUCUUCUACUCGUAUAAAAUGGUAUGAUAUUUUCGUACCAGGAUAUAGCCCUUUUUACUUAUCAAAGACACUUUCUCAUAAAUUCCGUUUAUAGUGGCCUGAGUAGUGUUUUAAUUACACAAUAAGAUGAAAUGAUGUAUUUGCAUGUGGUUGUAAUAUACAAGGCAGCAGCAGCAGAAAAGGCGGUUUCUGGCAUGAGACUCAUGUCUCUUAAAUGUGAAAACAUACACAUCCUAAACUUGAAUCUGCAUAUUGAAACUGUACAAACUUAUUUAAAAUAAUAAAUUGUUUUAGUUGCAAAGUUAUGAACUGACACAGUAACAUCAAUCACAAAUGGCAUUUAUUCAGUUUAAUCCCCACAAACCAAUCUUGAUUGUAAAUGUACUACUAUGGCUGCUUAUAAUGAUGGUAUGUAUAUUAGUAAAUGUUCGUGUACUGUUUCACUGAUAGUAAAGUGCAAUGUUAAUGAUGCAAAA